UAUGACUGUGACUGUGUGUGAUUACGACGAACAGUUAAUUUGCAAGGUGUCUCAAACUCAAGUUCGAAGUUUUCGUCGUGUAAAUUUAAGAGGAUACGGCAAAGAAUUGUUGCAUCUAGAUUAUAUCGUACAGCAAGUAAUCAAUUCGUAAUGAAAUAGUCGGAACGGAGAUCUCUGUAAUUGUAAUGUUAAUGAAAUUGAUAUCUAGAACGUAACCCUCCCAUACCUUUGAAAAGUACCAAAUAUUUCACAAUGAGUUCUGGGUUUAUAUCGGAAGCUGAGAUUGCAGAGCAACGAAGAAUACGACAAGAAGAAUGGGAGCGUGUACGAUCUGCAGAACAACCAUUAGAGGCUCCAGAAGAAUCUUAUGAUCCAAGAUCUCUGUACGAGCGAUUACAAGAACAGAAAAACAAAAGAGAUGCAGAAUAUGAAGAAGCACACAAGUUGAAAAAUAUGAUAAAAGGUUUAGAUGACGAUGAAGUAGAAUUCUUGGAUUUAGUGGACAGAACUAAAUUAGAAGAAGAACGUAAAAAGAAUCUUGAAGAAGAAAAAGAGAUGCGUGAUUUCAAAGCAGCUGUUGCAUCAUUACAGGAAAGAUCUUUGAAUGAGAAAUUAAAACAAGAAUUGAAGAAUCCACAAAUUGUAAAUAAAAAUGUUUCCUGUGGAAGUAGCCGCACUUCACAAUUAAAAUUACUAGCUGGUGUUGUAGUUAAGCGUCCAGAAAAACAAAAGCAAGAAGUUACAAGAGGUAUUAAAAGAAAAUUAUCUGAUGAAAACAUCAAUGCAUCAAUAAAAGAAGAUAGUGAAAAAAGUGAACAUACGGACAUUAAAAACUUAGAAUGUGAAUCUGGAUACCCAGAUGAUUCUUUGCAAAGCAAAUAUAGUGAUUCAGGGAGCAUGAAAUGUAUUGGAAUUUUGCCUGGGCUUGGCUCUUACGAAGAUUCUAGCGAUAGUGAAUGUAGUUCGGAUACGGAUCAAGAUCCAGAUCCAAAUCAUCCCCGAUACGACCUUCUAGGUCGGAAAAUAGUACAUUUACAAGAGAAGGUCUUAGAUAAAGAAAACUUGAAAGACAAAAGCUGAACGCAGAGUACUUGUAAACUGUGUAAUACGAAACGUCAUUUUACUCUUACUGUUAGAUAAAUUACCAUUUUGUUUUGCCACUUACUGUAACUGUAUAAUAUUA